UUUUGUACGGAAUCUUAUCAGAAUCAUGUUACAACACAGGCACGACGUCAACUUAGCGAUUUAUAAUUUUAUUAUAAUAUUUCUUAAAUAGUGCACGAUGUCUUUUAUUGGGAAAAAAUACAGGAGGGUGCGGUGUGAAAAUAUUGAGGAGUUGCUAAAAGCGGCAAAGGGAAAUCGCAAGACAUUGCCCGCGACGCAGGGCACACAGCAAAACUACGUCGACCCAGGGUGCAGCUCUGCGUUUUGUAAAGAUUGGAAACCAGACCCGACUAAAGGACCCAAUGAGAAUUUAAUACGAUUGCUACAGUACAGUGCACCCAUUUUCUACUUUACAAGGAUUGAUGACACAACGCUCCAGCUCACCGUACAAAUGGAUGACGUAGUACGAUCACAUAGCUUCAAGUUGGAUGAAGAAAACGAGUUCCAAAGAAGAGAUGGCUCUAAGAUAAAAGUCAAAUUCACAUUGGAAAGUGAAAACGUUUUAAAACAAGAGAUCAAGCAACUAGACGGAACAUUAGCCUAUUUCACGAGGGAAUUCGGCGAUAAAGAAACAAAAAUGACAAUAAAACUGGAAGGUAUAGACGCGGAAGCGGUUAUAUACUAUGAAAUUGUAGAAUAAGUACGUAUUUAUCAAUUAGGAAAUAAGUAUAUCAUUAAAUGAGUAUAUAUGUUACUUCAAGACUUUACUACGAUAUGUUAUUUUUUUUAAAAAAGUCGUAAUUAAAUAAUUUCUAUUCAUCAUCAUCAUAUCAGCCGUUAACCGUCCACUGCUGAACAAAAGCCUCCCCUUUGGGGGGUUUUGCCAGUAGUUGCCACGCUUGGCAGGCGGAUUGGCAACCACAGUCAGGUUUUAAAAGGGACGCUACUGGAUGGGCCCUUGCCAUCCCUUAGUCGUCUUUUACGACACCCACGGGUCGUAAAAGACCAAAGAAAAAAGACUAAAAGACUUUUUUAGAAAAAAGGGGGUGGAGUAUUCUAUGCCGGGACUGCACGGCCAUUAUUAUUAUUGCUUGUAAAAAUAUAAGUUUAUCUUACUAGUAUUUUUGUAAUAAAGUUAAUGUUGUCUCAAGUUAAA